CCUCCUCCUCUUUGUCCUUCCUCUAUCCCUUCUCCUUCUCCUCCUUCUCCUCCUCUUUCCCCUACUCCUUCCCCUCCUCCUUCUUAUCCUCCUUCCUCUACCCCUUAGUCUUCUUCUUCCUCCUCCUCCUCAGUACCUCUGAUGCCACCGUCCCGCUUCCACCGCUGGAAGCAUUCAACACGCGUCUACUCCUCGUGUGGACCCAGAGACUGGGCGAGGAUUCUCCACCUUGUCUGCAAGGCCGGGGUGGUGGUGAGAGAAGUGGGCACAUUUCUGGCUUAUCUGAAGCUUUGUUAUGGGUCUGACGUGAGCUCUCGUCCGGGUUCCCUGCCUCUCCCCUCUUCCUCCUCCCUCUCCUUUCCCCCUCCCCCAAUAUUACAGGCAGAAUUUCAGCGAAAAGUGUUACAGUAUGACGGAGCUGGAGCUCAGGAUAAGCACGCAAGGAAACCCUAGUAGCAACAACUUAGCCAUUGCAAAGAGAGAGAGAGGAAGAGAGGGAAGGAAGGAAGGCAGGAAGGCAAAAGGGGCGGGGGUGAGAGAGAGAGGAAGAAAGGAAGAAAGAGAGGAAAGCGAGAAGGAAGAGGAAAGACGAGGCCGAGCUAGCGAACCAGGAUGCCUUGAGAGCCAAGCCAGCACCUGGCUGAGGAGGAUAGACUCGCUCUCUCUCUGCCUCUCUCUCUCUCUGCUUGGAUUUCCUCCCCCAGCACACCUUUUUUGCCUGGGCUGUUGGGCUGCCUGAGGAGAGGGGGCUCCUUCUCCGCGGCUGAUGCCCCCCCUGCCCCCAUGGUGGGGCGGUGAGGAGGAGGAGGAGGAGGAGGAAGCGCAGCAUGGGCGACCUGAAGUCCGGCUUCGAGGAGGUGGACGGCGUGCGCCUGGGUUACCUGGUGAUCCGGGGCAAGCAGAUGUUCGCCCUCUCGCAGGUCUUCACGGAUCUGCUCAAGAACAUCCCUCGCACCACGGUGCACAAGCGCAUGGACCACCUCAAGGUGCAGAAGCACCACUGCGACCUGGAGGAGCUGCGCCGGCUCAAGGCCAUCAACUCCAUCGCCUUCCACGCCGCCAAGUGCACGCUCAUCUCCCGCGAGGACGUGGAGGCGCUCAACACCUCCUGCAAGACGGAGCCCGUGCUCAGGACUAAGCGCCGGGCGUCCACGGGGCGGGAGGACCCCUCUCCCGGGACACAGACUAAAGCUGUGGCAGCGGCAGCAGCAGCGGCAGCGGCGGCGGCGGCGGCGGCCUUUUGGAAAGACAGGGGCAAACUUUGGCUGGGUUUGAAUGGAGCCGCUGCUUCUGCCGCUGCAGCCGCUGCCGGGCGGAGAAAUGGCUGGCGCAAAGCGGGGCCGGGCGCUUUCCUACCGGCUUCGGAUCUACCUCACUUUUGGAGCCCUCCGCCGGGGCUGAGCUCGCCGGGACUGCCCCGCUCGCCUGGCAAAGGGUCUGCAAACUAUGAAACUGCCCCGCUCCGCCCGCGUUACCUCUCGCUGGCCUCGGAACCCGCCUGUUUCCGCAGCCUUUUCUGCGCCAAGCACCCGCGCUACUACUACCACCAUCACCACCACCAUCACCACGCCUCGGCCGCCAUCUCCAGCCAGGCCAAGCCAUCCUCCGCCGCCCGCAGCAAAGCCAAGCGGAGGAGGAAAGCAGCGGCGGGGGAAGAGGGAGGCCUGGGGUUCGGAGGCGGCGGAGGGGGGCGGCGCUGCCUCUUCCUGCCCCGCGCCGAUUCCAAGCCGCCGGACAAGGGCGCCCUCCUCGCCUCGCCCGCCUUGAACGGCUUCCUGGCCCCGCCGCAGCACCACUCUUUCCCGGAGAGCUACAGCAGCGACUCCGAAUCCAGCUCCUAUUCCGACCAGGCGGCUAACGACUCCGACUUCUGCUCCAGCUUAACCAGUAGCAGCAAUUCGGGCUCUUCGGAGGAAGAUGAAGAAGAGGAGGAGGAGGAGGAUGAAGAAGAAGUCAGCUGCGGUUCUGAUUCCAGUGAACUGAGCUCUGACGAGGAGGAGGAGGAGGAAGAAGAGGAGGAGGAGGAAGAAGAAGAAGACGAGGAGGAGAGCAGCUCCGAGUCCGACUCCAGCACCGGCUCCAGCCAAGUGUCGGUGCAGAGCAUCCGCUUCAGGCGCACCAGUUUCUGCCCGUCGCCUGGACCGCCACUCCCCGCCCCUUUCCAGGAGCUGCCGGGCCCGGCGAGGACUAUCAAAGCCGAAUCCUCCUCUUCCUCCGAAGAAGAAGAAGAGGAAGAGGAGGAGGAGGAGGAGGAGGAGAGGGGAGGGGGGCCGGUGGGGCAGGCGGAGUGGGCGCCCAAGGUUGAGCCGGGCCUGGGCUGUUCCGAGGAGGGGCCCCCUCCCCCGGGAAGGCCGGGCUUGGCCACGGGAGGCAGCCGCCGCCCUUGCCGCCGCCCCGCCGGACCCUGCCAGGCCCUCAAGGCCAGCCCGCCGCCGAGACUCUGCCGAGAGGGCAGGAAAGCCCGUCUGGACUGCCCGUCUCCUCUUCCUCCCCUUCCCCUUCCCCUGCUUCCUCCUCCUCCUUCUCCUCCACCCGCUGCAGAGGAGCCCCAAGCAGCCCUCAGGGUUGAACUGCCCAGGAAGUGUCCCGAGGAGGGCUGCCUGGUCGCCCUCUCUUCCCAAAGGCACCCUCUUCCCGAGCCCCCGCCGGCGACACCACCCCUCGUGCCCCUCGUGCCCCUGGCCCAGAUCAAAGUCGAGGAUAGCAGCGCCAACGCCGAAUAUGGAGCCCUCCCCGUCCAGAGCCCCUCCGCGUGGGAAGGCAGCGGGCCCCGGGAGCCCAAGGAGGAGAGGACUGAGGCCCAGCUCUCCCCUCCGCCCCCGCCGCCCCCGGACCCCCCACCGCCGCUGCCCUUGCUGCUGCCAACGAAGGAAGACCCGGGAUGCCCCGAGGAGACCCCCCGCCCGCCUUCGAGAGGUCCCGCCGCGCCCAGCAGCCCCUCCAAACCUAGCAGGACGCCCCCGCCGCCCCCGGCCCCCCUCCGCACUUUCGCCAAGCCCCAGGACGACGACGACGACGACGACGGGGAGUACAAAUUCGGAGCCCGCGUGAGGAAGAACUACCGGACCCUGGUGCUGGGCAAGCGGGCCCUGCUGACCCACCCCGCGCCGCCUAUGAAGCCAAAUCUCAAGUCGGCCCGCAGCCCUCGCCCGGCCCCUCCGGGCAAGUCUCCGCUGCCUCCGCCGCCGCCUCCGCUCCUGGAGAGUCCCGAAGGGCCCCUGGAGGGCCUGGCGGUGCUCGGGCGGCGCAAGCGGGUGGGCGGCAGCGUGGCCGCGGCCCUCAAGCGACCCUUCAGCUUCUUGGGCAACUUCCCUUGCCCGCCCUCCUUGAUGCUGGGCCUGGACGGGGAUCUGCUGCCGGCCUACAGCUUCAGCACCACCAAGGAGGCCCAGCCGCCCCCCAAGGCCCACCCGGUCUGGAAAUGGCAGCUGGGCGGCUCGGCCAUCCCUUUGCCCCCCAGCCACAAAUUCAGGAAAUUUCACUCGUGAAAGCGGGAAGGGGAAGACCUCCCCGACUUCUUGGUUCUCCUCUUGGCUGGGAUUUUUUAAUUAUUAUUAUAAUAUUAUUAUCAUUUCUCCUCCGACCCUCUUUCUUCACCUUGGCAGGAUGGUGUAUUCCUGCCCACUCCAUGGCAUCCUCUCUGGUUUAUUCUGUUUUUUGGGGGGAAACAGAAGAAAGAAGAAGGAAUUGGAUUACUCUUAUCCCUUGCCGUGAAGACAGAUCUUGGGGGAAGAAGAGGGUGGGUGGGGAAGGGGGAGGCCAGGAUAUUCUGGAAAUAUUCCCUAGACUACUUUCGGGGGCGAAAGCCUCGAGUUGAUGAAACAAAACACAACACCUCAGUGGAAUCUGAUAAAGCUGGAACACUUUACUGUCUCAGAAUUCUAAUAAUACACCCGGUACCUCAAUUCAACUGCUACAAGUAAUUAAAAAACAAAAGAAGGUUGAAUUAUAA